GUUUUUCUUUGGGUUGAAACAAAAACGGAGACCAUUUCGACCUAGAGUGGAACUUCGCGGUACCGUUGACAUCCGGUAAAUAGCGAAGCUUAGUCAAAUCAAGCAAGAUGUUGAGGCUUUGGCCACUGGCAAGAAACUGCAAGGCCACCAAAGCCUUAGCUUCAUUAGCACGAUGCAGCUCUACUGGUGCCCCUGCAAAAGUGGAGGUGUUUGUGGAUGACAAGCCUGUGCAGGUUGAGCCUGGUACCACAAUACUGCAGGCGUGUGCCGAGGCUGGUGUAGAGAUCCCACGCUUCUGCUACCAUGAGAGACUCUCCAUCGCUGGCAACUGCAGGAUGUGCCUCGUGGAGGUGGAAAAGUCACCCAAGCCGAUCGCGUCCUGCGCCAUGCCGGUGAUGAAGGGAAUGAAGAUCAAGACUGACUCUGAGAUGACGAGGAAGGCACGCGAGGGAGUGAUGGAGUUCCUCUUGAUGAACCAUCCCCUAGACUGUCCCAUCUGUGACCAGGGAGGGGAGUGUGACCUGCAGGAUCAGUCCAUGGCAUUUGGAAGUGACAGAAGUCGCUUUACAGACAUGGAGCAUGGGGGCAAGAGAGCUGUUGAAGACAAAAAUAUCGGACCUUUAAUAAAAACAAUAAUGACAAGGUGCAUCCACUGUACAAGAUGUAUAAGGUUUGCCAGUGAGGUGGCGGGCGUGGAUGACCUGGGUACCACCGGGCGCGGAGGUGACAUGCAGGUGGGCACAUACGUAGAGAAGAUGUUCAAAUCUGAGCUGUCCGGCAACAUCAUAGACCUCUGUCCUGUGGGGGCACUCACAGCCAAACCUUCAGCAUUCACGGCCAGGCCCUGGGAGACAAGGCGUAUUGACUCAGUGGACGUGAUGGAUGCCCUCGGCAGUAAUAUUGUGGUGAACACGCGCACCAAUGAAGUACUGAGAAUCCUCCCAAGAACUAAUGAUGCGGUGAAUGAGGAGUGGAUAUCAGAUGCAACGAGGUUUGCCUAUGACGGACUGAAGAGACAGCGUCUCACGGCUCCCUUUGUGCGCAAUGCAGCGGGCCAGCUGGAGCAGACAGACUGGGAGACCGCUCUCGUCAAGGUCGCACAGAAGCUGGUGCAGGUACCUGGUGAGAAGGUCGCAGGCGUGGCGGGGGGUCUGGUGGACGCUGAGGUCCUGGUGGCCCUCAAAGACUACCUCAACAAGCUCGGCUCUGAGGCCUUAUGUACUGAGGAGAUCUUCCCUAUGGAUGGGGCUGGCACUGACCUGCGCUCCAACUACCUGCUGAACACAGGCAUCCAGGGGGUUGAGAGAGCUGAUCUGAUCCUGCUGGUUGGUACCAACCCGAGAUUUGAGGCUCCUCUCUUCAAUGCCAGAAUCAGGAAGAGCUGGAUCAACAAUGAGCUGACUGUAGCAGUGGUGGGUACACGGGUGGACUUGACAUACGAUUAUGACCACCUGGGGGACUCCACAAAGAUACUGGCAGACAUCGCAGCUGGGAAACACCCGUUUGCUCAGACACUAGGAAAAGCUAAGAACCCAAUGGUGGUUGUUGGCAGUGCAGCUCUCCAAAGGAAAGAUGGGGCCGCCAUACACCGGGCUGUAGCCACCAUGGCCCAGAACGCCCGGGUACAGUCAGCCUGUGGAGACGACUGGAAGGUCCUCAAUGUACUUCACAGGGUGGCCAGCCAGGUGGCAGCUCUGGACCUGGGCUAUAAGGCUGGUGUGGAGUACAUCCGUAACAACCCACCCAGCGUACUCUACAUGCUGGGGGCAGACGAGGGGGCCCUCACACGAGACCAGCUGCCCAAAGACUGCUUUGUCAUCUACCAGGGUCACCAUGGUGAUCGUGGUGCUGCUAUGGCCGACGUGAUCCUGCCUGGGGCAGCGUACACAGAGAAGGAUGCCACGUAUGUGAACACGGAGGGGCGGGCACAGUACACCAAGACUGCUGUCACACCACCUAUGUUGGCCAGGGAGGACUGGAAAAUCAUCAGGGCUCUCUCAGAGAUGACAGGCAAUGCCCUGCCCUAUGAUCGUAUUCAGGAUGUGAGAGACCGCCUGUACGACGUCUCACCCAAUCUUGUACAGUACGGGGCAGCCGAGGAUGCCAACUACUUCAAACAGGCACAGGAACUUGCAGCUGGCAUAUCUGGAAAAUUGGAAGAAAAACCACUGACACCGUCUUUGCUAAACUUGAAGGAUUUCUAUAUGACAAACUCUAUUGGUCGAGCAUCACAGACCAUGGCAAAAUGUGUGAAAGCUGUACAAGAAAUGCCCUAAACAGACUUCAUGUUGACUAUUAUAAGGAGAGUUUUGUUUUCUGACAUACUAAGAUUGAUGUGUUUACUGAGAGAAUGGAAAGUUAUGUUAACUGUACAUGUUUUGUGGUGUUUUUGAAAAAACAAGAUAUUUUCGUUAAAGGUUUAUGUACUGUUAUAUGUGGUUAUAAGUUAUAGCUAACAAGUCUAUACAUUUUCAAAAACAAUUUAAGGAAAUACACUUCUGUAAAAAUUCAAAGAUUAUAAAAGGAAAUAAGCUUUCCUGUAACUAAGGUGUGCUUAAAAUUUUUGUUUGUGAAAAAUUAUUGUUUACAAUUUCAAGAUGAACUCUUGAUAGUUAUUAAAAAGAUAAAAAAAGA